AUGCACUGUAGCAAGUGCCAGACACCGCUGGAUUCUCUGUGCCUCUACGAGCAGCUGCACCACUUGGAAACCUGUUGUCCUACUACAGCACCUGCAUCAGUUUCCGAAACCGAGGAAGUUUCUGGUAACGAGGAGGUCAAGUGUCCGUUCUGUGGACGUGAGAUUGGUUCGUGGGCGCUCGACUGGCGCUGGCGUCACGUCGAUCGCUGCAGUUUUCGCGCAGAUCUCGAACGUCUACGUGCCCUGGAAGAGAAAAAGCUUUUGAAAAGACGCAUUCAAAAAGAGCGACUUUUUGGACCACUGAGACGCUUUCUGGCUGCACACGGUGUCGCACGCUACGCAGAACUGCUUGUCAGCGAGAAGCUGACGCUCGAGCGGCUCUUCCUGCUCAAACAGCCGGACCUGGAGCUUCUGAAGAUUCCGCGAUCAAGCGCCGAACGGCUCUGGGAAGCACUACGUACACCUGCAUACCGUAUUUCCCUUGCAAACCUGGGGAAACAGAACGAGAAGCGGCGAAAGCAAACGCUUUGCUUUGUCGAGGAACCUGCACUGGAUCGGCUCGCGUGCGUGAAGAAGCGGCGGAUGCCACGUUACUCGAGCGACCACGACGGAUGCAGUGCACAGGAGUCAUGUGAGCGUGAGACUGUUUGCGCCAGUGAUUCAUGCGAGGAUAUAGAACUGUAUCGAAAUGGCUAUACACAACUGGCGGGUGCGCUUCAAAUCGGGCGGGACAUGCUCCGCACUGGUACCGGAGGCGCCACGCUACCCGCUCCAACGGAGACGAUCCCGACACGCCCUGAAGACGCCGUCGAGGUUGUCGACCUCUGCGACGACGCCAGUGACCUUUCUGGGCACGAGGCGAGCACUGAGGCGGCACUCCAUUCAAGUUCGCUGGAGCACACCGAGAACCCGAUAUCGGACUGCAGUGCGACCGAGGCGCCAUCGACUGCCCCAGAUGCUGCAGUGCCUGCUUCUCUCGACCGAGACAGCAUCCGCUUCCGAAGCAUUCGCGAUGCAAUCAAAGCCGAUUCUGCACUCUACGAGCGUAUUCUUUUACUUGACUGCGUGCCGUUACGAGCAAUUAUGGAAACGCUGGCAGCAAAGCACGUCAGCGUAUCGACCCAGCUGUUAAUGCGGUUCCUCGAGAGCGAGGGAAUCAGCUUCUCGAGGUAG